AUGGUAGCUUCAGAGCUCACCGCGUCUGCUAGAGCCAUGCGCUCCACGCCUGUAAGCGGCGAUGAGUCCGGUUCGAGCUUACCAAAGCCCCUCUCGCCUUUGCAAAACCGUGCAGCCGCCAGUCGCAGCCCGUACAUCCAGGAGCAUGCUCAAGACUUGGUCGCAUGGCAACUCUUAGACGAUGAGGCAGUUGAACGUGCACGCAAAGAGAACAAACUCAUUUUCCUCCAUAUCGGUUACAAAGCAUGCCACUUUUGUCGAUUGAUGUCAACUGAGACUUUCUCUAACCAUGACUCGGCUUCUGUACUUAACGAGUCUUUUGUACCUGUCAUAGUUGACCGCGAGGAGCGUCCCGAUAUAGAAGCCAUCUAUAUCAACUAUACUCAAGCCGUCCACAAUGUUGGUGGGUGGCCUUUGAACGUGUUUCUUACACCCAACUUGGAACCGGUAUUUGGUGGAACUUAUUGGUUUGGGCCCGCAGGACGACGCCACAACAGUGAUAAUAACGAAGAGAUCCUCGAUUCGCUUACCAUCUUCAAGAAACUCCGCGACAUCUGGACUGAUCAAGAAUCGCGAUGCCGGAAGGAGGCAACUGAGAUUGUUGCUCAGCUCAAGGAAUUUGCAGCUGAGGGUACUUUGGGUACAAGGAGUAUCUCAGCACCAUCAGCUAUAGGUCCUGCUGGCUGGGGCGCACCAGCUCCUACCCACUCGAGUGAUACUAAGGCGAAGAGCAUAAGUGUCUCGGAGGAACUGGACCUGGACCAGCUGGAACAAGCCUACAGGAAUAUUGUUGGCACCUUCGAUCCAGUUUACGGAGGAUUUGGUUUGGCGCCCAAAUUUCUAGUCCCGCCCAAGAUGGCAUUUUUGCUUGGACUCUUGACAGCCCCCGAGGCCGUUCAAGAUGUUGUUGGAGAAGACGAAUGCAAACAUGCCACCAAAAUUACCUUGUAUACACUGCGACAAAUCCGCGAUGGGGCGCUGCACGAUCAUAUUGGAGCGACUGGCUUCUCCCGCUGCUCAGUCACAGCGGACUGGAGCAUCCCUAACUUUGAGAAGCUGGUGACGGAUAAUGCGCAAUUGCUUUCCCUAUAUAUAGACGCAUGGAAGGCAAGCGGUGGGGGUGAGCAGGACGAGUUUUUGGACGUUGUUAUGGAGCUUGUCGAAUACUUUACCACGUCUCCGAUUGCCCUUCCUGAGGGAGGAUUUGCCUCAACUGAGGCAGCUGAUUCUUAUUACAGACAGGGCGACAAGGAAAAGCGGGAGGGCGCUUACUACGUCUGGACAUGGCGCGAGUUCGAAUCGGUACUGGAUGACAUUGAUAGCCACAUGAGCCCCGUGCUUGCGGCGUAUUGGAACGUCAAGAAGGAUGGAAAUGUUGGCGAGGAACUCGACCCCAACGACGACUUUAUUGAUCAAAAUAUUCUUUGUGUCAAGAGUACCGUUGAGCAGCUUAGUAACCACUUCAGCACGCCCGCGGAAAAGAUUCGAGAGUACAUCGAGACAGGAAAAGCUGCCCUGAGGAAAAAGCGAGAACAAGAGCGUGUGCGUCCUGAAACAGAUGACAAGAUUGUUGCGGGAUGGAACGGUCUUGUGAUAUCGGCACUCUGCAAGGCCGCAUCUGCGUUGAAAACGUUGAAGCCAGAGCAAAGUUCAAAGUGUCGAUCUACAGCAGAGCGGGCCGCUGCCUGCAUCAAAGAGAAGCUUUGGGACGCCAAUGAAAAGGUCCUUUACAGAAUAUGGUCUGGGGCAAGGGGGAACGCUGCUUUUGCAGAUGACUACGCUUACUUUAUCCAAGGCCUGCUGGACCUUUUCGAGUUGACAGAAAAUCAGCAGUAUCUCGAAUUUGCUGAUGUAUUGCAACAAACCCAAAUUUCCAUGUUCUACGAUAUGGACGGUGCUUUCUUCACGACAAAGGCCAAUAGCCCACAUGUAAUCCUCCGCCUGAAGGAAGGCAUGGAUACGUCGCUUCCAUCAACGAAUGCUGUCAGCGUUUCUAACCUUUUCCGUCUUGCAAGCUUAUUGUCCGAUGAGGAUCUUGCUGUCAAGGCUCGUCAGACGAUAAAUGCGUUUGAAGUCGAGGUUGGGCAACAUCCUUGGUUGUUCCCUGGCAUGCUUGACAGCGUUGUUACUGCGAGGUUGGGCAGCCAGAAGCCAUCAGUUAAGGUGACAUACAAGCCGGCCAGGCUGACAACGUAA